AUGUAUUCAAUAACUUUUACGAAAUCUCCAUCAUCAUCGCCCGAAGUUAGACAGCUUGGAGCUAGAGUGAAAACGCCAACUGGAUCAGAUUUGGAGGUGAGUGAGACUUGUCGAAGGCUGAUGAGAAGAAAAGUCGCAACGACAGAGUUUGAGCCAGCAUCGUCGGGCCUCGUCCAUCCUCUCAGAGUGCAGGCGAUUUUGGAAAAGGAUGCACAAGUUUGA